ACUUCCCUGAGUCUAGUCCGCCUCACUCAGUGCAACUUGUGUAAGGGAAGAAGGUGGCACAGAGCUGGCAGCAUCUACCCCUGGGCACUUACCACUCCUCUACAGCAGGGACAGGGACGGGCUAUGGCUACGUCUAUACUUGGGGAAGAACCUAGAUUUGGCACUACUCCCUUGGCCAUGCUGGCUGCAACGUGUAACAAGAUCGGGAACACCAGCCCCCUGAGCAGCCUCCCGGAGUCCAGCGCUUUUGCAAAAGGAGGUUUUCACCCCUGGAAACGAUCCUCCUCCAGCUGCAGCCUGGGAUCCGGCCUUGGGGGCUUCACGGUGGCCACCAGCCGGGCAUCUGGCGCCCUGACAGGAGGCAGUGCCACCGCCAACAGCGCUUUCUGCCUGGCCUCCACAUCCCCGACCUCCUCAGCCUUCAGCAGCGACUACAGCGGCCUCUUCUCCAACUCCUCCGGGGUCUCCCCCCAGGAGGCUGCAGGACAAUCCGCCUUCAUCUCCAAAGUGCACGGGGCAGCAGACGGCUUGUACCCCCGGGUGGGCAUGGCUCACCCCUAUGAGUCCUGGUACAAGUCCGGCUUCCAUUCAGACGUGGCAAAUGGGGCAUCAGCCUGGUGGGACGUACACGCUGCCAGCCCCAGCACCUGGUUAGAGGUGCAAAACCCUCCGGCCGCAGCUGCUGCUCUACAGGGGGCCCUACACUCAGGAGGGCCCCAUACCCAGCUCAGUGGGUACAGCCCGGACUUUAGCUCUUUGACACACUCGGCUUUUAGCUCCACAGGGCUGGGCUCCAGCGCUGCCUCUCACCUCCUCUCCACGGGGCAGCACCUGCUCACCCAGGAGGGCUUUAAGCCAGUCCUACCCUCCUACCCAGACUCUGGCACCUCCAUGUUGUCGGGGGCCUCUGGAGCAGCAGGUGGGGCAUCAGGCCGCUCCGCACGUAGAUACUCCGGGAGAGCCACCUGCGACUGUCCCAACUGCCAGGAAGCUGAACGCUUGGGGCCCGCGGGGGCCAGCCUCAGGAGGAAGGGGUUACACAGCUGCCAUAUCCCUGGCUGUGGCAAGGUCUAUGGCAAAACUUCACACCUUAAAGCUCACCUGCGCUGGCACACCGGUGAACGACCUUUCGUCUGCAACUGGCUCUUCUGCGGCAAGAGGUUCACACGCAGCGACGAGUUGCAGCGACAUCUCCGCACCCACACGGGAGAGAAGAGAUUCGCCUGCCCUGUAUGCAACAAGCGCUUCAUGCGGAGCGACCACCUCAGCAAACACAUCAAGACUCACAAUGGAGGAGGAGGAGGAGGAGGAGGGAAGAAGGGCAGCGACAGCGACACAGACGCCAGCAACCUGGAGACACCUAGGUCAGAGUCCCCUGAACUUAUCCUUGAAGGGGUAAGGCCGGGGAAGGAAUCGGCCAAUGACUCUUAGGGGGCAGAAAAAUACUUUUUUUUGGGGGUGCAGAAGGGACUUCUCCUUAAAAGCUGCAAACACUUCUGGGGUGCAGGACUCCUUGGAAGCUUUUUGGGGUGCAGGGGGCUACUUGAACAGCAGGCCCUCUGGGGCAGCCAUCCCUGGCUUGCAGCAGGUACUCCUUGAAGAAGAAGACGCCUAUGGGGUGAAAGAAGGGACUUGACAAGCAGGAGGUUUUUGGGGUGAAGCAGUGGCAGCUACUUCAGGGUGCAGGACUCUUCUGAUCAGCCACUCCUGGGGGUGUAGUGACUUUCCCUUGGAAGAAUCAGCAGAUACUUUUGGGGUGCAGCAGGACUCCUUCCAGAUGGAAUGACUUUCAGUGUAAAUGAGAUGAGGGUGCAGGGACUCCUGGGGUGCAUGUGAGGCAGAAGACAGUCCCUCCAGGCUGCACAUCACAUGACUGCAAACUUUCAGCAACCAGAGCAAUAUAAGCAUAUGGUGUGAGCAGAACUGACAGCCGCCAUUACUAUGCUGGAGACAACAAGGACCAUGAAUUCAUGGCUGGAUUACAUCACGUCCCCUCAUUCACAUCUCAUCCCAAUCACAUUUGUUUCUUUUAUUACAAAAGAAAAUAAUUAUCAUCCUCUAAGGUGAGAAGUGACAGGAACUCGUGGGACAGUCUCUGUAUAAGCUGUAUAAAGAUUGUGUUCCCUUCCCACCCCUGUAAAUGUUCUCCUAAUAGUUUAUAUUUGGUGAAUUCCUGAAAUUCAGGAGUUUCUUUUCUUUUCUUUUUUUUUUUUUUUUUUUUUUCUGAUGCACUUUGUGAAAGUCAAUAUAUAUAUGUAAAAGAUAUUUAAUAUGUUGAUUUAACAUUUCACUCAGACACCUAAAUUAAAUUCAAUGAAACAAAUGAAAUGCGUUUAUCUGUAUUAUAUAGAAAAUAACCUUGAUCAUAUUUUGAUUUUUCGUAUUAUUAAAAGAAUUAUGAUCAAACGUAUUCCUGGUGUUCUGUCUGUCCUGCUCCUCAGAGGAAUAGAUGCGCUGGGAAGGAUUGUAAAGCUACAAUACAAAAACAUAACAAGGCAAGAAAUAGGCGAAUCCCAAUGUCUCUUUAUUAUAU